AUGGACCACAACAAAGCCAUCGCCCUUACCAGCGAUAAGAUCAAGAACUAUCUUAAGAAUCUGAGAAGCGAGCAGCUCGCCUCCGAUGUCCUCAACCAGACCCUCGAUCUGGCCAAGGAAUUCAGAUCGAAGGACUAUCCUCUCAUCCAUUUGCUGCUCCAGAACCCGCUCGCCGAGCUCAUCUCAGCCGCCGUCCCUUCGCCCUCCUCGUUGGUGGCGAACCCGUCGGAGGGAACCGUGCCUGGCUUCCUGUACCUCUUUGACGCUCGUGUGCCCAUCGAGAGGCGUCGGUCGGACGAGAUUCGAUGGAACGACUCGAAGAAGAUGUCGGUCAAGCUGAUCAUCUUCAACGAGAACAGCGGCAUGUACAAGCUCAAGAACAACAAGAACGACGAGGGCGCUGUUGUCAUGCGGAGGCAAACAUGGAGAGCCGAUGGCGGUGACAAGGGCUGGAGACGUAACGAAUACAAGCUCGUGUGA